CUCAUCACAUUCAGCAAAUUGGAGUAGAACAAAGAAACUGCCUGCCCAGCAUAGAGAGCUAAGCUACUGAAAGCAAAAUAAUGGCCUCUACCUGUGCGGUUUCCAUGGCUAUGCCAUUGACCAUUGCGGCCCCGAAGAAGCAUGCAACUGCUGCUGCUGCCUUCUUGAAGCCGAUGCCGAUGCCGUUGAGGGAAUCCAAGGCAGUUGGGGCGUCGAGACCAGCCGGGAAAUUUGAAGUCAGGGCCUCGCUCAAAGAGAAGGCUGUGACUGGAUUGACAGCAGCUGCAUUGACUGCUGCCAUGGUGAUUCCAGAUGUGGCUCAGGCUGCUGAUGGUGUUACUCCGUCUCUCAAGAACUUCUUGCUCAGCAUUGUUUCUGGAGGGGUUGUGCUCGGCGCCAUUAUUGGUGCUAUUAUUGGUGUCUCCAACUUUGAUCCUGUCAAGAGAAGCUAAGAAACAAUCCUCAGAUGUAAUUCUUACCUUUUCCUGCCCGUCUGUCUUGUGUCCGUCCUGAUGAUUUCUGCAUCACCUAUCAUCUCUGUAGCUGUAAUUUUCCAGACAUGUGAAUGCAAUUCAAGAUUUUAUUUUCCCUGCA